UUUAAAAAAAAAAAAUCUACAUAGUACUGUUAAAAAGGGGGGGAGGGUAUUUCCGAGUCCGCCUUCAUGAUGUGUGAAAAAAAAUGCGCCACAUCCUGAUAAACCAACGGAAAUGUGCCACAGUGUUCGCUCGACUUUACAACCCGAGCUGAGCUGAGCUGCUUCUGAAACCUUCAAGUCUUCAGCUUCUUUUCAAGUGGUUCAAACAAGACCUCAUCAUGGUGUUGAAGGGAUGUCAGAUGCUGGGCUUUGCCCUGGCGGUCAUCGGUUUCCUGGGGACCAUCAUCGUGUGCGCCCUGUCUAUGUGGAAGGUCACAGCCUUCAAUGGAUCCAACAUUGUGACAGUGCAGGCACUCUGGGAAGGUUUAUGGAUGCACUGUGUGGUCCAGAGCACAGGCCAGAUGCAGUGCAAGAUCUAUGAUUCUCUGCUGGCUCUACCUCAGGACCUUCAGGCUGCCAGAGCUCUUGUGGUCAUCGCCAUCAUCGUUGCUGCCUUUGGGGUCCUUCUGGGCAUUGCGGGAUGCAAGUGCACCAACUUUGUGGAGAAUGCAAGAACCAAAGCCAAGGUGGCCAUUGCUGCUGGAAUCAUCUUCAUUUGUGCUGGUGUUCUCGUCCUUAUCCCCGUCUGCUGGUCUGCCAACACCAUCAUCAGGGAUUUCUACAACCCCAUCAUGAGGAGAGAGCUGGGGGCUGCGCUUUACAUCGGCUGGGGCACGGCUGCACUUCUGAUCCUGGGUGGUGGCCUCCUCUGCAGACCCUGCCCACCUAAAGACAGUCCAGAGCAUCCAGUCAGGUACUCCGGUGCCAUGUCCACAGCCACCAGCCGGGCCUAAGUCUGAGAGGUUCAUUCUUCUGAAAGGGACAGCAGACUUUAUUUUUGUUUCCUCGAGUAACCCUGCUUUGCUGUGAGUUUCUGACACCACCACAAGUUGUGUCUCACUUCUUAAAGAUUUGCCUCUGCUUGAAUUCAUGUCACUGUUGAUGCACAUUUAGUCUAAAGCAGCAGAAUGUGUAUGAGGGGGUUUACUCAAGUGAUCUCAUUAUAAUAAAGCCACAUGUCAUCGA